AUGGAAGGAUGCAAGACGGCCGCUACACCACUCGUUACAAAUGAGAGGUUCAAGAAAGAAGAUGGUCCAAAGAAGGCUGAUGCCUCAAUCUAUAGAAGACUUAUUGGGAGUUUACUCUAUCUCAUAGCUACGCGGCUAGACAUUAUGUAUGCAACAAGUUUACUCUUGAGGUUCAGGCAAAGCCCAAGUCAAGUUCACUAUGGAGCAACAAAAAGGAUACUAAGAUACUUGCAAGGCACAAAAGAAUAUGGCAUUUGGUACAAAUCCACUACUAACUCAAGAUUGAUCGGCUAUACUAACAGUGAUUGGGCAGGAUCAGUGGAUGACAUGAAAAACCUCAGGCUAUGCCUUCUCACAAGGAUUUGGAAUAUUCUCUUGGGCAUCAAAGAAGUAAGCCACAGUAGCACAAUCAUCAACAGAAGUUGA